CUUUUCUCUUUCUCGUCCAAGUUAUCGUCUGAUGUGUCUGUUCAUGGAUGUCAGCAACGGAUUAGCCUGUUAUAUACCAUCAUUUACACUAUACGCUAUACUCUAGAGUCCUUCAUUUGAUACAACGUUCCUCCUUCCCGCCUCACCUCAGCUCCGUCCCUCCAUCACCGCCCCAAACACUAGUAAUACUCGCCUGGCGCAUGAACAGAACUGAAGCAUGACCGGACUCCCCCAUCUCCCACCGGAGCUGGUCGAGGAGAUUUCGUCCAUACUCGACCCUACCGAUCUGCGCGCGGUUAGAUUGACCUGCAAUACGCUCAACACGAAGACUUUUUCCCCUUUCUGGAGAGGAGCUCUACGCACCAUCAAAACAGACCUCUCCCUUACUAGCUUGCAGAGACUGUCAACCAUCUCAAGUGACUCCCAACUGCGUCGCUACGUACAAAAGCUCACCAUCAGAGCAUUUGACAGGGACGGAAGGGUGCUUGGGAAAGGAUUCCAGUGGGAGCGUCAUUCUUCUGGUCAUCUAAUCAAUUUGCAUAAGCAGCCCGCAGUGCAGCAGUUUGAUCGGAUCCUCUGUCAUCUCAUCAACUGCAAUUCAAUUCAAAUCGAGACUACAUCCACUGAGCAUCCAGAACCUUUGAAUGCUUUCACUGCCACUGAUGCAAUAAUGAUCAUAAUGAACAUCAACAAAGAAGCCGGGCUUACUAUCAGGUCGUUUACGUUGGAUAUUUUUUUCAUGGGCAUGGGGGGUGGUGAUGAGGAGCUAGCAAAUCUGGACCCCAGGCGACUACAAUUAUCCGAAGCCCACUACGUCGCGAUUGGGGCAAACCUCGAGGAGUUGGAUGUAAGAUACAAGCCUGACUCCGAUUCAGCUAACGACUGGCCGUUAAAUGUCAUGCUGCACGCCCCGGAGCUUCGCAAAUUACGUCUCGCAUGUCAUGCCAUGGAGAGGGUUUUUUUCCCGAUCUUUACACUUCGUCUCGCAUUGAUGGAUCUUCCAUGCCAACAUUUACAAGAGCUUGAAUUCUUCUCAAUUUACACAACGGUCGAAUAUUUCAUCGCUCUACUCCGAAAAUUCAAGCAGAGUCUGCGGGCCCUUAAACUACAGUCUGUGAGGAUUGAGUCAACACUUGAUGAUCUGAAACAAAUGUUUCGAGCCAUGGGCACCUUCCCUGCUCUGGAAAUAGUCAAUGUCAAGUUAAUAGACUCUGGUCCAUCCGGAUGGAGGAGUGUUCACUUUCCAGCGAUUGCUCAGAGGCCAGUAGUAGAUGAAGAACAGGGUACGACGAUUCGGUUCGAUGAGUGGCCACAUUAUAAUGGUAUAUCGUGCGUGGAGUACUCGGGGGAAAAUAUGAAAGUCGCCUUGAAUAUCCUUGCAGGAGCAAUGGAGUUUGCCUCUGGAUGGUGAUAUACGGGCUACGAAUGGCAUACUCGCCACCUCAAGCAAAAGAAGUACAGAUAUGUCGUGCAUCCUAACCUGUCACUGUAUGAACUCGGGUUGAUAUAAAUAACUUAAUAACAGUCUGCCAUGUGCUUCUUAUUUCCAAAUAAAAUAAUCAGAAAAAAC